UACUUGCUUAGUUUUACUCAGUGCCUGGAUGCCUACUAAUCAUGAUUUUUUUUUGAUCCCAUAGACAGUCAACAUUUGAGCCUAGGAGGCCAUAUUGCUGUUUGACACACUUCAGACUACACUAAUGAAUAAGAAAAUCUGGACGCUGUAGGAGCCAACGAACUCCAGAAGAUGGCAGUACUGCGACAUUUAGGACGCGAGCUGCCGUGAAGUCCAAGGAAGGAGUAGAAGAAGAAGAGCUCAACACUUCCGGCAAAAAUACAAACACAUUUCUCAAGCCGGACUGCGCAGUCAUGACGAGGUGGGCAAGAGCCAAUAAUGUCCACAAACACAAACCAGCAGAGGCCACUCCGUGGAAUCAGCUGAAAGGAGGAGGAAGAGGAAGAGGAAGAGGAGGAGGAGGAGGUCAUCAGGGAGGCUCAGAUUUUAAAUACGGAGCUCAAAGAGAUCAUCUGAGAGGGACUCAGCCCGGUGGCUCUGCUGUGAAAAAACCUAACCGUAAGAAAAAGGACUACGAUAAUGAGGACGUGAAUGGUUUCAUGGAGUAUCUACAACAGAGUGGACGGCCACUACCUAGAUUCAAUAAAGGAGGGAGGGAGGAAGAGGAGCAGAUUAGGCAGGAGGUGCACACUGCUCUUUGGAAAGACCAGAGGAGAGAGGACAGACGGAUAAAGAGGCAGAACGAUAAGAAAAGCAACAUGCUGUGUUUUAACUGCAGGAAACCGGGUCACGGUUUGGCUGACUGUCCAGAGGCGGACAGAGAUGAGGAGAUGGGCCGAGGCAUCUGCUACCGCUGCGGCUCCACUGAACAUGAAAUCCAGAAAUGCAGAGCUAAAGUCGACCCUGCACUUGGUGAAUUCCCGUAUGCUAAGUGCUUCAUCUGUGGUCAGACUGGACACUUGUCACGCUCCUGCCCUGAUAAUCCUAAGGGAAUGUAUGCAAAAGGAGGCUGUUGUCGUGUUUGUGGCUCAGUGGAACAUUUUCAGAAGGACUGUCCAGAGCACCAGGCUUCAACAAACUCUUUGACUGUGGGCUGGUUGUCCAACAAUAUGAGUGCAGACCAUGAGGAGGUGCAUGUUCCAGUGAAGAAAGCCAAACCCAAGCAGACUAAAGUGGUGACGUUCUGAGUUCAUCUGCAUCACUCGGACUCUUUCCUCUCUGACCGGCAUCACCGCCUGGACUCUGAUAAAUGGACUAAUUAUUGUUCACAUGUAGUGAACUGGACUUCAGAUUUCUAUUUCCCUUUUUGUAAAAUCAACAUCCUUCCAAUAAAGUAUCACCCCUGUGUAUUUACAGCUUU